AUGGAGCUGAGCUGCGGAGUGGGGGGCAGCGCGGCGGCGCCCCCGGGGCCCGGCCCCCCCGCUGCUGCCGCCGCCCCCGCGCCGCCUAUGGAGGGCGAGGAGUACGAGAGCCUGCCCAGCGGCGCCUCGCUGGGCACCCAUAUGAUGGCCGGGGCGGUGGCGGGCAUCAUGGAGCACACGGUCAUGUACCCGGUGGACUCGGUCAAGACAAGGAUGCAGAGCUUGCAGCCGGACCCCAAAGCCCAGUACAGGAGCGUGUAUGAAGCUCUGAAGAAGAUUGUCCUUACAGAGGGUUUCUGGAGGCCUUUACGUGGGAUUAAUGUCACCAUGCUGGGGGCUGGCCCUGCCCAUGCAAUGUACUUUGCCUGCUAUGAAAAAAUGAAAAAGUCUCUAAGUGAUACUAUCCAGCAUGGAGGAAACAGCCACUUGGCCAAUGGUAUAGCUGGGAGCAUGGCCACGCUACUCCACGACGCAGUGAUGAAUCCUGCUGAAGUGGUGAAGCAGCGGAUGCAGAUGUUCAACUCCCCCUACAAGUCCGUCCUGGCAUGCAUAAGGACAGUGCAGAAGACGGAGGGGUUCGGUGCCUUCUACCGCAGCUACACCACCCAGCUCACCAUGAAUGUCCCCUUCCAGGCCAUUCACUUCAUCACCUACGAAUUCAUGCAGGAGCAGAUCAACCCACACCGGGAGUACAACCCUUGGUCCCACAUCGUCUCCGGUGCCGUCGCGGGGGCUGUGGCUGCUGCCGCCACCACUCCUCUGGAUGUCUGCAAGACCCUGCUCAACACCCAAGAGAACAUGGCCUUGAGCUCUGUGAACAUCAGCGGACAUCUCUCGGGCAUGGUGAACGCCUUCAAGACUGUCUAUCAGCUGGGGGGCAUUCCGGGGUAUUUCAGAGGGGUGCAGGCACGCGUCAUUUACCAGAUGCCUUCAACGGCCAUCGCCUGGUCGGUGUAUGAAUUCUUCAAGUACUUUCUCACAAAGCACGAGCUGGAAAAAAGAACAUCCUUGUGAAGGACUUACCGAGAGUGAAUGCAAGCCUCUGUGUCCCCUCUGUGCGUGUCUGUGUGUGCCUGCAAGCCAGCCAGCUCUGGGUCUCUGCUAAGGAACAUGCCAGGUUUCUGGUGGAUUCGCAGCUGACGUCCACUUCUCCCUCCCCAGGGAUUAAAGUGGUCCUCAGUCAUGUGUUCCCCUCCUUGCUUAAACAAUGAAAUAGUUUAUAAAGACUUAUAAUAAUAUAUAUAUUUAAUAACUUUAUUUUGGAGAAGUGAAAUUGCUAACUGAUAUUUUCCUCUGAAUAAGUUUGAAGAUGUAGUUUACUCCUCACCAGAAGGCUUAGGUUAUACAGCCUAGGCUGUUUUUUUUACAGCGAAGAAGCAAAGUAUCCUGUCACAGAACUUACUUUUUAUAUAAAUAUAAAAUAGAUGGAUAAUGUUUAUCCUUUAUUUUUCUAUGUAGGCAUUUGGGUUGUUUUUUAAAUACUAUUACAGCUAGAUGCUGAGCUGUUUAAAAAGGGCUAAAUUCUUUCAUCCUGUGUAAGGAAGACACAAAAGCGUUUAUUUUUAUAGCCAGAUUGGCUUUAAUUGUACAGCAUUUAGCCCCCAAACGGUGGCCCGGAUUCUUGUGUGGAUGUCAAGGUACUUGGUAGCCCCUUGGAGACUCGCUGGGAUGGAGGGAGAAGGAACGGGGACACCACUUUGGGAAACUGUAGGACACCAAGGAGGGGCACCCCAAAAUACCUGGUCACUUUGUGGGGGAGAGGGGGAAAGUAACAAUUUCAUUUUUUACAAGGAGACUCUUAAAAAAAAAAGUAGAUUUUAAAGAAUAGUAUUUUUUUUUGCAAACACUUUUUUAAAGGUACAUUUUUAUGGUGUGUGAUAGCUGAACAGCCUUCAUCCUCCCUUAAUUUAUUCAUACUUCUUUUUCACUAAGGCCCUGAUCCUGCUUUACAGGAGCGAGCGUGCACAUCUCGAUAGCUGGCAGGGUCGAAGCAGGGUGCACGGAGCUGCUCUGCUCCCUGGGGCGGACCUGGAGCUUCUGUUUACAGUUCGGCUACUGAGUUGCAAGGCUCGCAUCCUGGCAGCACCAAACCAGCAGCAGGCAGCGAAAGCCUUGAGAAAGUCUUCCCUGCAGAACCGAAGCCACCUCCCAGCCCGUGUUUGACAAUAAGUUGCUGCUCAUCUCUGUUGGGGAGGGGAAAAAAAACAACCUAGAGAGGUUCCUCGUGCUGUGGGCUUGGUUUUGCUGCUGCGGGAUGCUGAGUUUUGCAGUGGCCAGCAAAGCUGUGCCUGCUCAGGAAGGGUGGCAGCCUUGCUGCGUGCCCUGCUCCUCCUGGGAAUGGCUCUUCCAAACCAAAAUACAUCCUUUAGCCAGUUACUUGGGUGAUCGGUAGCUAAUGGGGGAUUUUAGGGGCCUGGAUGUGUAAAUGUAAGUUACAGGACACCAGUUGGCAAAUCUCCGUCCUCCCUGGAACUUGCCCUGCCAGCAGCAGCUGAUGUCUUGAGCUGGCACCAUCUCCUUACUGCUGUGCAGGGUGCAGCUUGUGGAGAGGUGGCUUCAGCUUGCUGUUGGCACUGGGGGGGGGGGUCUGCGGAGGAGCUGCAAUGCGAGGGGCACCUUUUGGGCUGGUACGUGUCGCUGGAGGUGUCCCGUCAGCCAGGCGCAUUGUGUAGGAUGACACUAAGCAGAGCUAAUCCUUUUUUGCUCUGUUAUUUGGAGAAGGUAAAUCAAAGAGCACCUCUCUGGGUGGUGUUGCAUGUGCCUUGUGUAAAUUAACCUUGUACUGCUGGUAAUGGUGAAAUGAGCUUCUUGAUGCCUUUUUGUCACUUAAACUGAAUGAAUCACUGUGUCAAAUGCACCCUGUGUCUUAAAGUGUAAAAAUUGUAAGCUCGAGGCCGCUGGUCUCGGUGGUGCAGCUGGAGAAAGCCCUCAGCUCUCUGCACGCGGAGAUCCUCGAGGCUGGAGGUCUUUGAGCUGUCUGUUAGCCUUGGAUGUCUUUUUCUGUUGACUUGAGAAACUGGAGAUUCACUAACGGGAACCAGAACUGCACAAAAUAUUUCCAUCGGAGAUGGGCAUAAACACUUAGAUGAAAAUUUUGGGUCACUUUAAUAUUAAAAGAGGCGAACUGUAGCAUAACGUGGAAGGCGACAGCUUUCAGUGUGACUUCAGUAGCUAGGAGUCAUACUCAGCGAGCGGUCCCCAGUGCAUCAUCCUCUUCCUCUGGCUGCUUAGCUUUAGUAUUUCUGACUUUACCUUGGCUAUUCUGGGAGAACUUCAUCUCCCAUUUAGCGUAACCUGUGAGUAGCUGGGACACAAAGGCUGGACUUGCCCAGGGACGGAGCCCCUGGCCGUGGAACGAUUGGGAGCAUGGUCGUGGUUUUGGCCAGUUGAGCAUCGUCCUUGGAGGGGGAGGUAGCAUCCCAUUUUGGUUGCUAGCCAGAGCAUGUCAGGGAACCUCCUGAGUGUUGAGCACAAAUAAUUAUCAGCCAGGUUUUCUUGGGAACUUGCUCUGCCUCGAGCUGAGAGUGGGUGAGGAGCACUUGUACGUUUAUAGAGCUCUUUACAGAUUACCUCGGGUAUCUGAUAAAACCAGACUUCCCAUUCUGCAGCUGGGAACAUGCCCAGUUGGUCUAAUAAUUGCAGAGAUCUCAUAUGUUUAAAAAGUUUCCUGCUGUACGUAAUGCUGGAUCCCCAGGUGAAAGCCCCUUCACCAAAGCCCUUCCUCAUCUCUUCUAGGUUUGCAUUUGAAAGUUUUGCUGCGAGUCUGAAGUUUUAUUUUAACCUGGUAUGUGAAACAUGUACUGCUGCUUUGUCUGCAACAAACGCACAUAUUAUUUAAGGGGGAGGAUGAGUAAUUUUGUCCGCAGUUCUUAAUUUUUAUUUUUUUUGCCUGCCUUGGAAUUUGAUGUGUUUCCUUAAAUGUAUAUUUAACAAUGCAGGAGUUCAUUUGUGAAAUGCUGCUACAGUUGUAUCACUGGAGCUCAAGGAAAUAAAAUACUCUGAUUUUUGUC